AUGCCACCAAAGAAGAAGCAACAAGAUGCCAAGCCCAAAAGCAAAGCCCACGAGGACAAGGGCUUCGGCAUGAAGAACAAAAACAAGUCGAAAAAAGUCCAGCAGCAAAUCAACCAGAUGAAACAAGGUGUGGAUGGAGGUGCGGCUAAGAAAAGAGAAGCGGAGCAAAAGAGAAAAGCCGAGGAAAAGAAAGCAGCAGAGCAGGCCAAGAAGGAGGCGGCUGCUUUGUUUGGCAUUGUCCAGCCCAAGGUUCCGUUUGGUGUGGACCCCAAGUCGAUUUUGUGUGAGUUUUUCAAGAAGGGCGUUUGUACCAAGGGAAACAAGUGUAAGUUCUCUCACAACCCCGAGGUGGGCCGGAAAGAUGUCAAGAAGGACUUGUACACCGAUGCUAGAGCAGAAAAGGAAGCCGAUACUAUGGACAACUGGGACGAGGAGAAGUUGAGAAAGGUCAUUUUGUCCAAGCACGGGAACCCAAAAACCACCACAGACAAGAUUUGCAAGUACUUCAUCGAGGCGGUGGAAAACGACAAGUACGGUUGGUUCUGGGUGUGUCCUAAUGGAGGUAACGAGUGUAUGUACAAACACGCCUUGCCACCUGGAUUCGUGUUGAAGACCAAGGAACAAAAGAGACUAGAAAGAUUGGCCAAGGACUCCGAGCCACAAAUCACCUUGGAGGAGUUUAUUGAAAUGGAAAGAGGAAAGUUGGACCGGUCCAAGUUCACACCCAUCACAUUGGAAACUUUCAAGGAGUGGAAGAAGAAGCAGAGGGCUAGAAAGGAUGAGGAAAAGAAGAAGGAAAACGCCAAGCGGCCAUUGACAGGAAGAGAGAUCAUGCUCAAGAAAUUCGCAGACAAGUUUUACCUGGAAGAGGACGGCGACCAGGGCGACGAGAUGGACUUAUCGGAGUUCAGAAGCGCUUUGCCAAAUGGGGACGAAGAGUUCAAGGACUACGGAGAUGGAUCCGACUACGAUUUCGACGAGGAGAAGAAGGAGAAUGGGGAGAAGAAAGACACGGAAAAGGACGUUGUGGAGGAAAAGAAGAAUGUUGAUGUGGAGGAAAAGGAGAAUGUGGAUGUGGCCCAGGUCGAGGCUUGA